AUGGAGUCGCAUACAUCUCAUUCUGCUUCGGAGGAAGCAAAACAACUUUCCAUGAUGCCUGAAAAGUCCGACCACAAAUACAAUGAUAGCGAAACAGCACCAUCUGGGUCCCUUCGGCAUGGGGACGUUACAGUUCAGACUGUGAAGCCAUUCACGACCCUAUCUGCCCUUGGCAUUGGCUAUGGGACAACAAACACUGCAGUUGGUCUGCUUCUCGUCCUUGGAAGCACUCUUCCUAUGGGCGGCACACCUCUCUUCUUCUGGGGAUUCUUGAUACAGACCCUUGUUGGUCUCGCCACUGCAACAACCCUCGGAGAGCUGGCUUCAGCGAUACCCCAUCCCGGCGGCCAGUAUGUAUGGGUAAAUCACCUGGCUCCACCAAGAUACCGCCGCGUCUUGUCCUAUUUUACGGCCGUCAUUAGUUGGGUGGCUGCUGUCGCAACGGGUGCAUCAGCCUGUCUAUCCGUACCCACAGGCGCCUGCGCCAUCAUCUCGCUGCUGAACCCCAACUUUGUGUAUAAACGGUGGAUGGGUUUCGUCGGCUUCCAGCUUCUCAAUAUCUUGACUGUCUUUGGAGCCAGCUUCGAGCACGCUCUUCCCAAGAUAUCAAAGGUUAUGCUGCUGUUCAGUUGCAUGACUAUCUUCACCAUUUUUGUUACACUCUUUGCCAUGUCCGAUAUGCACAUGCCAGCCAAAGAUUAUUUCACCGUGUCGGUCAACAUUUCCGGGUGGCCGAAGGGUAUUGCAUUUUUAAUCGGUAUGAACGGGGCCAACUGGAGUUUUUCAUGCCUGGACGUGGCUACACAUCUUGCAGAGGAGAUGCCCUCUCCAAGCACUGAUAUUCCCAAGGCUUUGAUAUGGACGAUUGUAGUCGGAUUUAUUUCUGGACUUUUAGUUGUCACUUCGACUUUGAUCAAUGUGUCAGGAAUUGAUGGAGCCGCUGAUAACUCUGCAUUGGCUCUCUUCUAUCGCAUUACAGACAGCAAGGCCACAGCUGUGGGUCUCUGGGUACCAGUUCUAAUCACUACAGCUGGAGCAGUAUGGUCUAUUCAAACGUGGCAGUCUCGACUCGCUUGGACCAUCAGUCGAGAAGCUGGAUUUCCGCUCCAUCGUCAUCUCAGCAAGCUCGCGCCUUCACCAAUGCACACUCCCAUAUGGUCCCUGAUCGGGUCAGCUUCAGGCACUGCCAUCUUUGGAUGUCUGUAUCUUGGUUCCGACUUGGCCUUCAACUCUCUCAUUUCAACAGGGAUUCUACUGCAGUAUAUCAGUUACAGUAUUCCUGCCGUUCUUAUGCUUUGUCAGGGUCGGUCUAACUUUCGGCAUGGUCCGUUCUGGUAUCCAAGACUAGGGCUCUUGGCCAAUCUCAUCAUGUUGGCCUGGACAGUGGUUGCUCUUAUCUUUUACUGCUUCCCAUACUACGUGCCAGUCGUAGCCGACCAGAUGAAUUAUGCAUCUGCUGUCCUUGGCGGUAUUGGUGUCUUGACCAUUUGCCUGUGGUUCUUCUAUGCGAACAGCCACUAUGAAGUUAAGGAGAUAUUGGAUGACUAG